AUGCAGGCGUGCGGAGGCACCGUGGCGGGUCGCCGCGCCUUCGACAGCAUUUGCCCCAACAGGAUGCUGGAUCCGCGAGGCCGGCCCUGCGGCAAGCCCGGGAAGCUGGAGAGGAAGUUCGCGCCUCCGCGGAAAUUCUUCCCCGGCAGCAGCGGCAGCAGCCCGGUGUCGGUGUACCAGGACCCCGCAGACGCCGAGUCUGCCGCGCUGCCUGCCCUCACCACCAUAGACCUGCAGGACCUCGCGGACUGCUCCUCGUUACUCGGGUCCGACGCGCCGUCUGGUGGUGACUCGGCCGCCUCGCAGAACCACUCCCUGCAAACGGCAGCGGAUUUCGAUCUGCAGGCUUUCAGAGACACCGUGGAUGAUCUCAUUGCAGACUCAUCGUCUCUGAUGUCGCCUCCCCUGGCCGGCGGAGACUUCCCCUUCUCUCCUUGCGCCGUUCUGCCGUUUGGUCCCUGUCUCUCCCCUCCUCUGGACCCACGGGCCCUGCAGUCACCGCCGCUGCGCCCUCCCGACGUGCCCCCGCCAGAGCAGUACUGGAAGGAGGUGGCCGACCAGAACCAGAAGGCACUGGGGGACGCACUCGUCGAGAAUAACCAACUGCACGUGACGUUGACCCAGAAACAGGAGGAGAUCGCCUCCCUCAAGGAGCGCAACGUGCAGCUGAAGGAACUCGCCCGUCGGACCCGGCACCUGGCCUCGGUUCUGGAUAAGCUGAUGAUCACGCAGUCCCGGGACUGCGGGGCGGCAGCCGAGCCCUUCCCGCUCAAGGCGGCUUCCAAAAGGAGCCUGGAGGAGCUGUUCUGCGCCGCGGGGCAGGACUGCGCGGAGGUGGACGCCAUCCUCCGGGAGAUUUCCGAGCGCUGCGACGAGGCGCUGCGGAGCCGCGACGCCAAGCGGCUGCGGCUGCAGCCCGAGCCCCAGAGCCCGGACGGCAGGCCCGGGAACCUGCACGGCGCCUUCCGGGGGCUGCGCACAGACGGCAGCCGGGGCGCGCUGAGCCUGAGCCGCGGCGAGCUGGAGGAGGGCGGCGCCUUCAGCACCCCCAUCCGCAGCCACAGCACCAUCCGCACCCUCGCCUUCCCCCAGGGCAACGCCUUCACCAUCCGCACCGCCAGCGGGGGUUACAAAUUCCGCUGGGUUCCCAGCUGA